CCCGCCCGCCCCCAGGGCGCCCGUCCCCGGGCCCUGACCUCCCCGCUCGCCCCACCGCCUCCCGCCCUGGCCCCUCACCGCGCUGAUAGGUUCCUGGGUGCAGAGCCGGCCGCUGAGGACGCAGGAGCUGCGGGAGCCGCAGCUGUCGGCUGCCAUCGCCACCAAGAUGGCCCAGUUCCACGGCAUGGAGAUGCCCUUCGCCAAGGAGCCCCGCUGGCUGUUCGGGACCAUGGAGCGGUACCUGAAGCAGAUCCAGGAGCUGCCCCUCACCGGCCUCCCCCAGCAGAACCUGCUGGAGACAUACAGCCUGAAGGACGAGAUGGGCAGCCUGCGGGAGCUGCUCAGCUCCACCCCAUCGCCCGUGGUCUUCUGCCAUAAUGACAUCCAGGAAGGUAGGAGGCUGCACGGGAACCCCGCCCCAGGGGCACACCCCCUGAGUGACCCGAGCCCCGCCCCGCCUCAGGGAACAUCCUGUUGCUGGCUGAGCCAACCGGGGCCAGUGCCGACAGCCUCAUGCUGGUGGACUUUGAAUACAGCAGUUACAACUACAGGGGCUUUGACAUCGGGAACCACUUUUGCGAGUGGGUGUACGAUUACACGCACGAGGAGUGGCCUCACUACAGAGCCCAGCCCGCCGACUACCCCUCCCGGGGCCAGCAGAGGCGAAGAAGGGCGAGACCAUGUCCCAAGAGGAGCAGAAGAAGCUGGAAGAGGACUUGCUGGUAGAGGCCAGUCGGUAUGCGCUGGCAUCCCAUUUCUUUUGGGGCCUCUGGUCCAUCCUCCAGGCCUCCAUGUCCACCAUCGAAUUUGGUUAUUUGGAGUACGCCCAGUCUCGCUUCCAGUCCUACUUCCAGCAGAAGAGACAGCUGGCCAGCCGCCACCCCCUCUCCUGACCACCUGGACCCUGACUCCCCUGGGCCUUGGCUCCCUCGCGGAGGGGCGCCGCCGGCCGUGUACAUGAGACAAUAAACAAACAAGCCUCCCGCA